ACUGUAACCGAAGCUAGGGUUUCAUUCGGCCGUCAAGUUUCGCGGCGGCAGGUUCAAUUCCGGCUUCACAUUUAUCGAAUUUGGAGAUAGAAGUAUGGAGAGGGAGCUGGUUGAGCUGUUCGAGAAGGUUAAGCAAGCUGCUGAUGCAGCUGCGGUGGACGGCGCCGGAGAUUCGUCGCCGGAGGAGAGUAGAUGUCUUGAUGUUUUGAAACAGCUUAAGAAGUUUCCUGUCAAUUAUCAAGUCCUCGUAUCUUCACAGGUGGGAAAGCGUCUUCGACAAUUGACAAAACAUCCAAGGGAGAAGAUCCAGGCUUUGGCAUCUGAUGUGGUUCAGAACUGGAAGAAUAUAAUUGUAAGAGAAACACUGAAAAAUAAGAACAGCAAUGGAGUGAAUGGGGAAUCUGUAAAAGAUGAAUCUGCUGGUGCUACUACUACUGCUACUGCUACUGCUAAUGGAGCCACUAAAUCUCAGAGAGCAGAGUCGGUGAAGGUUGAAAAGGUGUCUAGGGUUGAUGAUGUUAAAGUCGAAAGGAUGACUUCAAAAAUUGAGGAAGUAGUAAAGACAGAAAGUCCCUUUGCUGAGAAAAAUGUUGGACGCGUUAUUGUUCUGAAGACUGAAAAGAGUAGCUCUAAUGUGGCAAGUGCUGCUCCGCCAAAGUUGGGUGCUCUAAUUUAUUGCAAGGAUUCUGUGAGGGAUAAAGUUCGGGAACUUCUUGCAGAGGCUUUAUGCAAAGUCUCAGGUGAAGUUGACGAGGAAUUGAGGGAUGAGGUAAAUGCAUGUGAUCCAUAUAGAGUUGCUGUUCAGGUAGAGACUGCAAUGUUUGAGAAGUGGGGUAGAUCUAGUGGUGCCCAGAAGUUCAAGUAUAGGUCUAUAAUGUUCAAUAUCAAGGAUCAAAACAAUCAAGAUUUCCGGAGAAAAGUUCUUCUGGGGAAGUUCCCUCCUCGUACUAUUACUGAUCUGACACCAGAAGAAAUGGCAAGCGAAGAAAGGCAAAAGCAGAAUGAGAAAAUCAAAGAAAAAGCGUUAUACAAUAGUGAACUUGGAGCUCCUGUACAGGCUAGUACUGAUAAGUUCAAGUGUGGUAGGUGUAAGAAGAGUCAAUGCACCUACUAUCAGAUGCAAACGCGAAGUGCAGAUGAACCUAUGACCACAUACGUGACAUGUGUGAACUGCCAAAAGCGCUGGAAGUUCUGUUAAAUUUGAGAGCUAGUGUGUCCAUUUAGUGAGCUUCAUAGGUGCCCUCUCUUAGCCAUGACAUAGUCCCUAGUACAUUGUUUCAUUCUUCUUGAAGGUGAUGUCAAUAUGCGCCUGCGAAUGAUCGCCAAACUUAUUUUACUGUUGCAAGAUGUUAUGACAUUGUAUUUUUCUCAUUUCUAGGAUAGGAAUUUGCUCUACAGAAAAUGCAAUGUAUUUGAAAGAAACAAUAAAAUUAUUUGAUGCAGUUCUGAGCAACUAUUGCCUGUUUUCA